AGAGAGAAGAAAGAGAAAAAAAAAACAAAAGAGUUGGGUACAUUUUUUAUCUUCCUCAGACUGCGAAUUUCUCAGAUCUCUUUCUUCUUCUUCUUCUUCUUCUUCUCCUCUUUUUCGGGUACCCUUCUUCCUUUUUGAUCCAUCACGCCACCAGUCACAUUUUGAUUUCAGGAGCCAACCCCCAUAGACCCACUCUUUCAUUUAUUCUUCAGAUUGUUUUUCUUCGUAACGAACUUUUGUUAGCAAGAGACAGAACUAUCUUGAAAGAGUCCCUAUGAUAUGGCAUUGAAGAGGGGAUCAUCAGGUUUAGGAGGCAGCCAAAGGAACAGAAGCACUAGAUCUAGCAGCUUCCCUAUUUUGGUUCUAAUCUUCUGUUCAUUCCUUGCUCCUUUGAUUUUCUUUGUCGGCCGUGGCCUCUACACCUCAAUUGAUCAUAAUGAUGUUUCCACCACUUCAAGUAAACAGGAUUUAGACUGGAGAGAGAGGCUUGCUCUGCAACAAAUAAAACCCUUACUAACAAAAGAGGUGAUUGAUAUCAUUAAAGCCAGUACAGAUGAUUUAGGACCUCUCAGUCUUGAUUCUUUUAGAAAGAACAAUUUGUCUGCCUCAUGGAGAUUUGUCGGGCAAGAAAUUUUGGAUAAGCACAAUGUAGCUGAUGCAGAGGUAAAUAAGCCAAGUCCAAUAGCUGCAGAUUCCAAACCAGAAAUCACCAGAGGCAAACAGCAUAAUCCUGUUAAGGGGGAUAAUUCCCAGUUUGUGGAUUCACCCGCUAAGUUGGCCAGAAGGCAACUGCGAGAGAGAAAACGUGAAAAGCGUGCUGCUGAUUUACUCAAACGAGAUGAUGAUGUAACUGUGAAGCUUGAAAAUGCUGCCAUCGAGCGCUCCAAGUCAGUUGACUCUUCUGUGCUGGGGAAAUACAGUAUAUGGAGGAAAGAAAACGAUAAUGAGAACACUGAUUCAACAGUACGCUUGAUGCGAGAUCAAAUGAUUAUGGCAAGGGUGUACAUAAGCAUUGCUACAAUGAAGAAGAAGCUUGACUUGGCCCAGGAGUUACAGACUCGGCUUAAAGAAAGUCAGCGUGCAUUAGGUGAUGCAGGCUCUGAUGCUGAUCUAACACGCAGUGCACAUGAGAAAAUGAAAUCUAUGGGCCAGGUGCUAUCUAAAGCUAGAGAGCAGCUCUAUGACUGCAAGCUUGUGACAACGAAACUGAGAGCAAUGCUGCAAUCUGCUGAUGAGCAAGUCAGAGGUUUGAAGAGGCAGAGCACUUUUUUGAGCCAAUUAGCGGCAAAGACCAUACCUAAUGGGAUCCACUGCUUAUCCAUGCGUUUGACCAUUGACUAUUACCUCCUUCCUCCUGAAAAAAGAAAGUUCCCUAGAGGCGAAAAUAGGGAAAAUCCUGAUCUCUUCCAUUAUGCGCUAUUUUCGGAUAAUGUUUUGGCUGCUUCAGUCGUUGUCAACUCCACUAUUGUGAAUGCUAAGGAACCAGAGAAACACGUAUUUCAUCUAGUCACUGAUAAAUUGAACUUUGGAGCUAUGAACAUGUGGUUUUUGUUGAAUCCUCCUGGAAAAGCUACAAUCCAUGUUGAAAAUGUUGAUGAGUUCAAGUGGCUUAAUUCUUCAUAUUGUCCUGUUCUGCGGCAGCUGGAAUCUGCUGCUAUGAAGGAGUACUAUUUCAAGGCAGCUCAUCCCAACACCCUAUCUGCUGGUUCUUCUAAUUUGAAGUACCGGAACCCCAAAUAUCUUUCCAUGCUCAAUCACCUAAGGUUUUAUCUCCCUCAGGUUUAUCCAAAAUUGAAUAAGAUCCUUUUUCUUGAUGAUGACAUUGUUGUUCAGAAAGACUUGACAGGAUUGUGGUCAGUUGACCUUCAUGGGAAAGUGAAUGGUGCAGUUGAAACCUGUGGUCAGAGUUUUCACCGUUUUGACAAGUACCUAAACUUCUCAAAUCCUCAUAUUGCUAGAAACUUUGAUCCAAAUGCCUGUGGGUGGGCAUAUGGGAUGAACAUGUUUGAUCUUAAGGAGUGGAAGAAGAGAGAUAUAACUGGCAUUUAUCACAAGUGGCAAAACAUGAAUGAAGACAGGGUCCUCUGGAAGCUGGGAACUCUACCUCCAGGGCUGAUCACAUUUUAUGGGCUUACACAUCCACUAGAGAAGUCGUGGCAUGUGCUAGGUUUGGGAUACAAUCCAAGCAUUGACCGGUCAGAAAUUGAGAAUGCAGCUGUGAUACAUUACAAUGGUAACAUGAAACCAUGGCUAGAGUUGGCAAUGACAAAGUACAGGUCAUACUGGACCAAGUAUAUAAAGUUUGACCAUCCAUACAUUCGCAGCUGUAAACUAAGUGAAUGAAGCAUCGGUGAGAGCUAUAGUACAGUUGAUCUACUCAUCAAGCUCAUCUUCUGUGCGACAGACUGGUCACCAUUUUCUAUAAUUUGGUUGUGACCAAUGAGCUCUUCUGUGCAGCAAUUUUCUUGUCUCCGUGCGAUCUGACCUAAUUCUUUAUUCUUCCCCUGUGAGUCAAAUAUAUUCAUCGUUCAGUUUCUGAUGCCUUGUUCACCUGUAACGAGUCCCCUCUGCUUGGAGCUAAGCUCACAUGGGGUAACAAAGAGUUUGUAAUUUUAUUUAUUCCAGUGUAUUCUUUGAACAGCAACUGACUUAUAUUCUAGAUUUAAAUCCAAGUUUAACCACGUGAGCGGGUAUUUUCUCUUUUUAGGGUCUAGUGAAAUAUAGCUUCUUGAUCAUUUUUUCAUGA